AUGAACACAGACCUUACGCCGCUGCAGAUACUUGGCUUUCAAGAUGGGCAUACACAUUACCAGAAGUUCAACUCUCUAUCUCCGUUGAAAUGGAUUGUACUCUUGAAGCUUUCUACAGAUCGUUUCAUGGCAGUUACAAAAGUACCAGAUGGUGCUUUUUACCCAUCUCUAGGUCGAAAGUGGCCUACAAUUGCGCUAGAAGUAGGGUAUGCCGAGUCAUACGAAGAUCUCGUUAGAGACGCAACCCUACUUAUGGAAGGUUCAAAGGGAAAGAUUGGUCUGGUGAUCAUAGUAAAGUUACAACCUUUAGAAGCCGAUGAAACAGAAAUUCAAAAAGGGUUUGUGGAGGUCUGGGCAUACAAUUAUGAGAGAAAGAACUGCUUUAAACUCGGGCAACAAGUGAGUGAACUAUUUAUAUUUCAGGAGCGGUUCGAAUACUAA